GGAAUAACCAUCUUUAAAUACGUACUUUGCACGCAGGAAUGCAACCCAAGUUAAAAAUGGCGGUGGAUUGGCAAUGGGAGACCGCCGCUGCCGGCUCCAUCGCUGGACUUGCUACCGUCACGUUUUGCCACCCCCUUGAUGUUGUCCGCACUAGAUUCCAAGUUAAUGAUGGUCGGAACCCUAACCUUCCGAGCUACAAACAUACUCCUCAUGCUCUCUUCACUAUUGCUCGUGCAGAGGGUCUCAGAGGGCUCUAUGCUGGCUUUUAUCCUGCGKUACUAGGGUCAACUAUCUCGUGGGGUCUAUACUUCUACUUCUAUAGCAGAGCCAAACAAAGGUAUAUGAUAAAUCGAGAAGGGACAAGCCCGGGUAUCCAUCUUGCUUCAGCUGCAGAAGCAGGAGGGUUGGUAUGUCUUUUCACCAAUCCUGUUUGGCUCGUGAAGACAAGAUUACAACUUCAGACUCCUCAUCACAAUACUCGGCAAUAUUCUGGUUUUGGUGAUGCUUUGAAAACCAUAUUGAAAGAUGAAGGAUGGAUGGCAUUAUACAAAGGGCUUGUACCUGGUCUUUUUCUGGUCACUCAUGGUGCCAUUCAGUUUACAGCAUAUGAGGAGCUCCGUAAAGUUUUAGUUGGCCUUAGGAAUAAACAAAGCACCUCGAUUGCUACUAGUUCUGAUUUAUUGACAACAAUUGAUUAUGCAACUUUAGGAGCUUCCUCUAAAUUGGCUGCCAUCCUUACGACAUAUCCAUUCCAGGUCAUCCGUGCUCGCUUGCAGCAACGACCCAAUAUACAUGGGGCUCCAAGAUAUAUUGAUAGCUGGCAUGUCAUGAAGGAAACUGGUCGGUUAGAAGGUCUAAAAGGUUUCUACAGAGGAAUUACAGCCAACCUUCUAAAAAACCUUCCUGCGGCGUCAAUAACCUUCAUAGUGUACGAAAACGUUCUGAGUCUGCUAAAACUGACAAGGAGGAACAACUGACGUGUCUAUCGAGUCGGUAGUGUAUAGUUAUCACCGAGGUUCAACCAUCUGUUGAUGACUUCAAUUUCCAGCAGAUGAGAUGGAAGCAGAAGACUAAGGUUGGUGUGUUAUUACAAUGCAUGUUUUUGUACUCCUUUUUAUACGACCUGAAUUUAGCCAUCCAUGUGUACCAUGGGAACGUUUUAGUAAUUACACAUUCGAUAUAAAUGCAUAAACACUUUCUCGAUGAGGGGAAGUAACCAUU